GUACUUCACUUCUGGUUGGGACUGUGGAGCUCUGAGCGGGCAUGGGGAUUUUCAGGACAUUUAGGAGGUAUCUGCUGGCUGAUUUUUUUCUGUUUUCCAGGCUGCUGGUCAGAAACUGGAUGAGGCUUGGCCAGUAGGAGAGAGAAACAACUAGCUUCUCUUCUUAGCCAUCAACUAGAAAAUGUCUGCAGAUGAGAGAGGAAUAAGGGCUACCAAGAACAAGGAGAAAGUAGAAGAGGUAUGAUGUUGCCCCAGGUGAGGGAGGGAUCCUGGAAAGAAUUUUCAAAGUUGCCUGUCUGGACCAAGGAAAGAGAAUCACUGAGACAGCAGAUGGAUGCACUGGGUUGGGAUGUUGCAGAGAUGAUUGGAACUACACCCUCUCUAGCCUAUACUGUGUAACUCUUGCUUUGCCCUCACCUCUAUUGGUUAUAAAUAGGUUGCAUACCAAGUACUGCUGCUACUAUUUUCAUGCCAUCAGAAUUCAAAUGAUAUGCUAUUGGGCAGUGUCCCUUCCCCAACAGCCUCUGAUGUGCAUGGUACCCCAGACAGGCCUCAUGCAUCGACAUUAUCUACCAACCUCCCAGGUCACCAGCAUCCUUGUCAAGAAAUGCUCGCCGGAUAUGGGGAGCUAGUGCCCCCAGAAGCCAUUCGGGAGUCAACACACAUUAAGUCAGAGCCAGAAGAGCCUCUCCCUGAGGUGACUCCACAGGCCGACAGGACUCCAGUCCUCUCCUCCCCCCGGACUGCCAUGCUUUCCCGAGAAGGGAGGACCGGAGGCAGACCUGGGAGGACCAGAGACAGGCAGAUGGCUGCAGCACUCCUCACUGCCUGGUCGCAGAUGCCAGUAACCUUUGAGGAUGUGGCUCUGUACCUGUCCCGGGAGGAGUGGGGAAGGCUGGACCACGCACAGCAGAGCAUCUACAAGGAUGUGCUACAGAAGAGAAAUGGGCUGGCCUUAGCCUUUCCUUUAGGCAGGCCUUUCUGGGCCCCACAGGUGCAGGGGAAGGGCGAGGCUUCCUUCUCCAGCUGGCAGCCGGGAGCUGGGAAGGAGAGGAGAGGCCCUGCUUCAGGAACUGUGGCUUUGGGGGACAAGGUGUCAGCCCUGCCCGUGGCAGGCCUCCGGGAUGUGAAGGCCAUGCGGACGAGGGCCGGGUGGGCCUCGGAGAGCGCCCCGCCAUGCAGGCUGCAGACAGCUAGUGGCGAGAUCCCGGGGCCAGAUCGGGACACAGGGCAGCCUGCAACCCUGGAAACACGCCAGCCCAAGCACCCCCGGAAAGCCCUUGGCCCCCAGCCAGCCAGCGAGGGGAAGGGCGCCCCGGAGAGCAGCGAGGAGGGCCUGGCCGCGGACGGCGACGGGGCUAAGAAGUCGUACAGGUGCGAGCAGUGCGGCAAGGGCUUCAGCUGGCACUCGCACCUGGCGACGCACCGGCGCACGCACACGGGCGAGAAGCCGUACGCCUGCACCGACUGCGGCAAGCGCUUCGGCCGCAGCUCGCACCUCAUCCAGCACCAGAUCAUCCACACGGGCGAGAAGCCCUACACCUGCCCCGCGUGCUGGAAGAGCUUCAGCCACCACUCCACGCUGAUCCAGCACCAGCGCAUCCACACCGGCGAGAAGCCCUACGUGUGCGACCGCUGCGCCAAGCGCUUCACCCGCCGCUCGGACCUGGUCACGCACCAGGGCACGCACACGGGCGCCAAGCCGCACAAGUGCCCGGUGUGCAGCAAGUGCUUCACGCAGAGCUCGGCCCUGGUCACGCACCAGCGUACCCACACGGGUGUCAAGCCCUACCCGUGCCCCGAGUGCGGCAAGUGCUUCAGCCAGCGCUCCAACCUCAUCGCGCACAACCGCACGCACACGGGCGAGAAGCCGUACCACUGCCCCGACUGCGGCAAGAGCUUCAGCCACAGCUCGCACCUCACCGCGCAUCAGCGCACCCACCGCGGCGUGCGGCCCUACCCCUGCCCGCUCUGCGGCAAGAGCUUCAGCCGCCGCUCCAACCUGCACCGGCACCAGAAGAUCCACACCACGGGGCCCAAGGCGCUGGCCAUGCUCGUGCUGGGCGCAGCGGCCGGCGCCCUGGCCGCACCCCCGCCUGCUCCCACCUAGGAGGUGGAGGAGGGAGAGGAGGAGGGACAGGUGCAUCCCACACAGCUGGGACCUAGGCCUUGGGGAGCGGAGAGCGGAGGGAAGGGAGCUGGGAGGUGUGGGUCUGGGUGGGGCAUGGCGGAGUGGGGAGGACAAAAGGAGG